AUAUAUUUACAUGCUUAGAUGCACGUUGUAUCUCGCAAACGUAUCACUGAAAUCAACAUUACGUCACUUGACGUCAUUUUCAUCAAAACGAAUCAUGACGUCCAAUUGUGGCCACCAUGGUUACGACGUCAUACACCGCGAGACGUCGCCUUCUAUGAAGUGCCAUACAUAAGCGUGGAUGCACGGCUGCGUUCUCCAGACGAUAUAAUCGUGGAUGCACGGUCGCGUUCUCCAGACGCUGCUCAGUGGUGGGGAGUAUGAUGAAUUCGAGGACGUGGUGAUCGCGGAGGGGGAGUUCGUCGAGACAGACGACCAGCAUCGGCCGGCCAGACAAGUGGUGCUGGGUAUGACGCCGUUUAGCCUGCUGAUAGUGGUCCGCUACAUCGAAAACUACAAAACGCACCCGGAAGUGUUCUACUGCACGGACGCCGACCCCUGGCUGGAGGGACUCGAAUUGGCCGAGGUGUGGCCCAUCUGUCUCUUGCGCGUAGCGUACUCGCACACAAAAUACGAGUUAGAUAUUAAAUUCCAUGAAAGACACAGGUAUUUUGAGCUGACGAACACUCGCUUCAACGAUGACCUAGAGAACACCUGGGCCAAGUGGGUGGAGCGAGCCGUGUACCUUAAGGACGACCCGUACGGCUACGUGCGCGCGCAAUUCGACCUCUUCAACAUACCGUACCCGUAUUACCUGGUGGAGCGCCAGUUUGAGGAUAUGAAAGUUCGAAACACGUCGGCGCUCAAGCGGGCUGACAUAGAGGCGGGCGACGAGGAGACACAGGACGCUAGCAAGAAGUUGGCGAAAAGGAAACUUAAGAUAAAAAUGAAUUUAACAGCAACAGAUCCUAGUGAGAACUUGGCCAAAAAGUCCGAGGCAAAGGCUGACCUAGAGUCGGGCGACGGGGAGCCACAGGACGCUAGCAAGAAGUUUGCGAAAAAGAAACUAAAGAUAAAAAGGAAUUCAACAGCAAAAGUACCUAGUGAGAACUUGGCCACAAAGUCCGAGGCAAAUCUUGCGACAAAAAAGAAAAAGCGAUGGUCGUUUGCAAAAUGAAUUCAUUAGUCGGAUUGGGUCUGCACAAUAAAACGAUAUCAUUUUAAGAAUUGUUUGUUUUGCAAAUUAUUAGUUAUACAAAUGUGUGAAUCUAUAUGUAAACGAAUUGAUUGGAACUGCACAAUAAAUGGAUAUCAUGAGAA